AGUAAGGAACGAGGAACUACCAGGGUAGGGGACAAAUAGUUCGGAGCUUAGCAAGAGAUAAGGUGCCGUGUUGUCAGGUGUUGCUACUGUUUUGUACAUUGCCGAGAUAACCCCACAGUGAGCACACCCAGCCACUCACAAGCCAUCCACAGAAGAUAUCAUCUACAGGUUCUCUAAACACUCUGUCACACUCACGACAGUCACCGGUUACCUCGGCACACAUAUGCCGCAAGAUUAUUAAUAUGGUCAUUCUAAUUUCAAACCAUAAUGAGAUAUAAAACCGAGCUGAUUCAUGUUCUAAGGUCUAGCUAUUUUUCUUUAAUUUGAUACCUUUUUUUUUGGGGGGGGUUGUUUGUUUCUUCCUGUCGUUCUUUCGUCUUUUCUUGUUUUGUUCUUUUAUUUUUUGGAAUUGAUGUAAUGUUUAGACUUAUUUACAUGCUUACAAAGAUAGAUAAGUUAACCAGCUAUCAGUGUGCUAUUUAUAGCAGUCUACUAUUCAAGUAGCAAAGGUCAAGUGUUCUCUACGAGGUUCUAAUCUAUUCCUCACUGUGUCGCUGUUGCCACCUUCAAAACACACUUGCCUUCUGGUGUUACCUAAAGAUUAUUCAAUAUGGCUGAGCCACACGAAAGAGAGUGUGCUGUGUGUACGAAUGACUUCACCACACCAAAGAUUUUACCCUGUGGUCGUAGCGAGAAACACUCUGAGUGAAAAAAGUUCUCACUCUUUAGUGUGAAAUACUCAGGUAGACCGUCAAGUCAGGCAGAUUAAAGCCUCUCCACACCUAGCAAUUGUUUAUCUAAAGGAGCAGACUGGCAUUUUAUCAUGGAGGUAGCUCAACCACACGAGCGAGAGUGUGCCGUGUGCACUAAUGACUUCACCACACCAAAGAUUCUACCCUGUGGUCAUCUCCUGUGUCGACAAUGUGUCAUUACCUGGAUGGACUCUAAAUCUGACGCUGGUUGUCCUCUGUGUACCUGUCAUAUAGUAGAGCAUCAAGGUAAUUCAGGUCAAAGUUCAGCUGAUGUUGUCGACGCCCUGCCUACAGACUCUGUGAUGGAAGCGAUAGUAGAAAGUUCUCGCGUGUUGAUGAACGAUGACAUGUGCACUGUAUGUGAUGACGUCAGAGCUGAAUACAUCUGUAUGCAGUGUCUGGAAAAGAUGUGUCCAUCGUGUAUGAAGAUACACAAGAAGAUGGUAGUGAGCCGCAGUCACGAUGUGGAGAGUGUCAGCACUGUGACACCUGAACGUCUGGCUGCCAGCCGCCCUGCACUGUGUGCUGACCACGGCGACAAACACGCGGAGGCAUUUUGCGCUGAUCAUCACCUUAGUGUCUGUGCAUCGUGUUCCUCCAUCAAACACAGAACAUGUUUAGUUGUGAGAGAUAUCAACGACGAAAUGAAAGCGGCUGAAAAUGCACUUUGUUGUUUGACUGACCAGCUGGUUCAGGCCGAGUACAGUCUGAAGCAAGGUACAGAGCAGCUCACCAUACGUCUUCAGAAGGUGGAGGACAUGGAACAAGAAGACAUGACACAGGUAGACAACACAUGCGACAAACUUCAGAGCAUGGUGGAAAAUUGUCGAAAAGAACUAAAGAAACAGAUACAUGAUUCAAGUUUACAAGUCAAGAAUUCGUUAUUGGAAGUUAAGCAAGAACUCGACAAACGUCUGGUGAAAGUGACGUCACACAGGAAUAUAGUGACGCGAGCUAGAGCAGUGGCGCCACGUGCGGGGCUAAUACACGUGACCCAGGCUCUGACAGACAGGGUCAACAGCCUUGACCUCAGCGCCGAUGUAGAUGAAGGGUCUUGGAGGACUCCACCUGGCAUAAGUGUGAAAUGCUACAAUAGAUUGGAAAGAGCCAUACGGAGUAAACUACAUCAAUUCCAACAACAACAACAACAACAACAACAACAACAACAGACCAAGCCUAAAUUGCAGCUAAAACAGAAGGUUAACAUAUCAUUGACAGCAAACACCCGUGUCGACCUAAGUGAGACGUUGGAUGCACAGCCACCAGUCCUUGUGUUCCACGACAACUGUGGAAGCAACAUUCGUCUGACGAACGGUAACAGGACCGCGGAGAAGAUAAAUCAAUGUGUCUCUGGUAACGGGGUGGUCGUGUCACGUGACACUAUGGUGCCGAACGUCUUGUAUGAAGUCAGAGUGGACGCAGCAUCAGUUAAUCACAAAAAGUUAUCACUGGGAGUGACAAGAACCUCUCCUGCAUAUCUCCUUGGGACAGAGUUGUCUGAAGCCCUUAAUGAUUCUGUUAUCGUCUCCAGCAGUGGAUUGUGCUACCAGGGAGGACGUAUGUUUACCACUCGUGAAGAUCUCAAGAGACUUGAAGUUGGGAGUCGAGUUGGGGUCCUGGUGGACUCAUCAAACGACGUUCACCUCUACGUCAACGGACAGGACCAGGGCGUUAUAGCGAAAUAUGUCACACCGCCCUGCUUUGCUGUAUUUAAUAUCUGGAGUUCAGUAACAAAGGUCACAGCCCUUCCUACAUCUAGAAUUAUAAAAUAAAUAUCAGAGAAGAAAAAGUCUGAGACAGUUAAUGAUGUUCAUGUGUAAGUUACUGUUCAUCUACAGUGAAAAUACAGAUAACCGCUCCACCCCCUUUGUCCAGUUCUCUCACUCAGUAACAAAGUUGUUGACGAUAGUAGCAGCCGACAGAUGUUUUGUACAACAGCGGAAAAGGUGGAAGAGCUACACACAGACAGACUGUGAUGGACUUUCUCAGGAAUAAAGUCUCGAUUUCUGCUGUCCACUAACUAAAAUUAUUACUCACUUGAAAGGGAUAUAGUUAGACUAUGAAACUCUUCUUUAUUUUAUACCAGGUGAAAGAGUGUAGUUUAUAGAAAAUGAUUCGCUGUAAUCACGAACAAUGAUGUACUGUUUAUGUACUGAAUGAUUGAUUUUGUAGGGUGACGGGAUUUCUCUUGGACUUAUUAGUUUUUCAAUAUCGUGUGUUAACAUGUAAAUAGCCUAGUCAAUAUUAUUAAAAUAUGCACAAUUCUUUUUUGUAUUCGUUCAAUAUUUAACUGUGUGUAUCCUCCUCCUGAAAGCAUGCUUACAAAUGUACACUUAUAAUGAAAAAGAACAAUACUGAUCAAUGAUGAAGUAUAAAAGACAUACAUACACAAACACCAAC